AAGCUUGGCACACUUUGAGUCCCUCUGUCCCAUGUGAAAUAAUCUUUUAAAGAUGAUGUCAAGACUUAGUCAGUUGGCCCGUUUGACAGUCACUCCUUCUGCAGCCUUGAUUGACACUCAAGUGGCAAUCCAAGCGACCGGAUUGAAGGCUAACGGUCCUGUGACUAUCAGAUCUGUCUCUCAGAUGGAAACCCGUCAUAGAAAGGUGAAGUUUGAGGGCCACGGUCAUUACAUAGCUGACGAUGGAGGAGUUGUUUCUGUCCCCCAGCAGAUGUCCUUAGGCGGAACGUACAUUGGGGCUGAAUCCAUGGGACUGUUCUGGAGCAUGCAGCCUACUCCGGAUCAGAAACUCGGCACUCGUUUCUUCGUUAAAGAUGUCACGAAUUCAGUGAAGGUGAAUCUUUCCUUGCACAAUGGACAUCUGGACAACAAAGCAUUACAAACGGCUGAAUCAGAGGCUACUGCGACUGCCGAGAGGUGGUACAUGGGCAAGAACGUGGAGAGAACCAGGGUCCACAGCGGGCGCCUUAGGGGGGCCUUAUUCAAACCAAAAGGAUCGGGACCGUUUCCAGGUGUGAUCGACAUGUUCGGAAUCGGAGGUUUGGUGGAGUUCCGUGCGGCUAUGCUCGCUUCACACGGACUGGCCUGCUUCGCCCUACCGCACUCUUCAUAUGAAGAUCUACCCUUAACAAAUGAGGUCAUACAUUUGGAAUACUUCAAGGAGGCCAUUGAUUGGUUGAGUGAUCAACCCUUCGUCAAACCUGGCGGUGUCAGCAUGGUCGGUACCUCGCGUGGGGCCCAGUAUGCCUUAGCUACAGCUUCGCAUUUUCCUGAAAAGUUACGGGCGGUCGUCGUAAUUAGUGGUCUUCAUGCUCAUUCUUUAUUCCCCUGUGCACUCAACGGAGAACAUCAGCCGUUUGUUGAGUUGCUCCCCACAAAUAUUGAGCCGUCUUUGAAGUUUGAGGGCGCCAAAGUCGUAUUUGCACCCCACAAAGAGAUGUAUAAAGUAACAGGUGAACAUGCUGCAAUAUUCAAGCUGGAAAACGCCAGGCAGUGCCAGUUUCUGUUUAUAGCAGGAGAGGCGGAUGACAUGUAUGACAGCUGCUUCAGCGCAAGGGAAGCGGCAACCAGACUGUCCAGGCACGGGUGCUCCAACUAUCAAAUCCUCAGCUAUCCUGACGCCGGUCACCUGAUCGAAGUUCCUUAUGCUCCAUCGGCCUCGGUGUUCUCCCUUCCAGGCUACGGGGUUAUCGUGAACGGGGGCUCAACUGCCGGAAACGCUAAAGCCAUGGAGGACUCCUGGCGCAAGACUGUGAGGUUCCUACACAUCUACGGUGGCCGCUAAAGCAAGUACCAGUCAACGACAACGAAGGCCACAAGAUAACCUACUGAUUAGUAAGUCGAUCAGGGUAAUUGUAAACGUCACGCUUGCUUUUACUCGCACCAUCUUUACCGUGUCGCUGAAACGAUGGAAUAAAGUUCUAAAAAGUGCUUUAUGCUUUACCCGCAUUAUAAGAAAGCACUUGAUCAAGAUAAUACCCAAGAUUUUACGCUGGCCCAAAUCAGUAAGUCUGCCAUCAGAAACCUCAUUUGUUUUCAUCCACUUACUUUAACUGAUUUAAGUUUUCAUGCGAUCGUUUAGACGUAAAUUGUAUUUGCUUCGGGCUGAUAGCGUUUACAAGACUCUUCAGAGCUGGAGCGGAUUCACCAUCCCGAAUCCGUUUUCUUUUAGCAUCAAGAAUUGUAGGAAUUUUUUUCACUUCGCCAAAUUCCAGAAAAUUGAACAUACCAUUUCGACGAAAUUCCCACAAAAGAAAUAUCGGUCAAAAUAUUACCUUCUUCCACUUGACUUUUGCUCAGUGCACAUGGGCUAGCAUGCACAAAGGCAUGAAAUAUGCAUUGCUAUAACGAUAAAACUCUGUCUUGGAUUUAAUUGGAACUUUACUUACUUACUAGUUGCGAAUAUUUUACACGCAUGUCGAGUUUCCGAACACGAAACGGCCAACACGGACUGGAUUCGAAUUCAGUCCCCUAAGCACCCCAAAGAAAUGUUCCAAAGGGUUAAAUUUUGUCCACUGCAAAACUUUUAUUGCUAUUUUACUGAUUACGUGAAUAUCAUAUUACCAGAUUAACCGUAUUCUGACAUAUGUCGAUAUGGGCUUAUGUACACUUAAUUCAAGUGCUUUGAUGUAAUAGUUUAUGUUGUUGGAUAACUUGGUGACCGAAUCCUGACAUUUAAGUCAGUGCUGAUGGGACCUAUUUUCCCACUCUUAUCACGAGGUAUAUUUGUUUAUGAAUUGAUUUGAUUUGAUUAUAACCUGAAUAAGAUACACAAAUUCUAAUUGAUAAGAACAGUGUUGAAGCGGCCUCGCCGGUGGUACCCUCCCGAAAUAUGGUUGAAUGAAGAAAGAUGUAAGGGGGGCGGGUGAGUAUGGUCUAGACCGCCUCAAGUGAUUGGAGAUCCAGGCUCCGGUUCCAGAAUAACUGACAGACACUUCUUGUUAUAAUCCUCAGAUGAUCAGUUUUAUCGGGCAAUAGAUAAAACCCGACAAAAUAAAGAAAGGAAGAAAAGUAAAAACUUGUGCUCACGAAAUUAAAAAAAAAAUAAAAAAAAUAGGUGAGGGAAAAAUGUAAAAGUUAUGUGAUGUUGACCAAGAAUUCAGGAUUCGAGUCUCUUAUAGCUACCGACUGACAGCAACUUUGGGAAAAUAAAAGUCACCGGUGGGAUUCGAACCCACCGUCUGACGAUCUGAUAACCACGAGCUUAACCAUUUGGCAAUUUCAGAAAAUUGCUUCGGGUCGUUCAUAUUUACGUAGAUAACAAAACUCUUUACGCACAGAAUUUCGCUCUGUAAAGACUGAGCGAUUAAAACGCUACAAUAGUGCAUCAUGUAGCAAAAAUGCCCAAUUGGCCUACACAAAAAUCUCACUGGCAGCUCUUCCUUGAUAAAUUUAAAUUA